GAAUCCCCUUUGAUGGUGGGCUGCGCUGCCUCUGCUGGAAGAUACUCCUGAACUACCUCCCUUUAGAGAAAGCCUUAUGGAGUUCUUUGCUGAAGAAACAGAGGGAUCUAUAUUCCCAGUUCCUGAAAGAAAUGAUCAUCCAGCCUGGGAUUGCCAAAGCCAACCUGGGUGUCUCAAGGGAAGAUGUGACCUUAGAAGAUCAUCCCCUCAAUCCUAAUCCAGACAGCCGAUGGAACACUUACUUCAAGGAUAACGAAGUGCUUCUCCAGAUAGACAAAGAUGUCAGGAGGCUCUACCCUGACAUGGCAUUCUUCCAGCGCCCCACGGACUACCCCUGCCUGCUGAUCCUGGACCCCCAGAACGAGUUCGAGACGCUGCGCCGGCGCGUGGAGCAAACCACGCUCAAGUCGCAGACGGUGGCGCGGAACCGCAGUGGGGUCACCAACGUGAGCUCCCCUCUUAAAACCACCUCCAGUUCUCUGAGUGAAUAUGAAGUUCUGCCCAAUGGCUGUGAAGCUCACUGGGAAGUGGUGGAGCGAAUCCUUUUCAUCUAUGCCAAGCUAAACCCUGGGAUAGCAUAUGUUCAGGGGAUGAAUGAAAUCGUGGGGCCUCUUUACUACACCUUUGCUACAGACCCUAACAGCGAAUGGAAAGAGCAUGCUGAAGCAGACACCUUUUUCUGCUUUACCAACCUGAUGGCUGAAAUUCGGGAUAACUUCAUUAAGAGCCUGGAUGACUCUCAGUGUGGCAUUACCUACAAGAUGGAGAAGGUGUACUCCACCCUGAAGGAGAAAGAUGUGGAGCUGUAUUUGAAACUGCAAGAACAGAACAUCAAACCCCAGUUCUUUGCCUUCCGCUGGCUGACGCUGCUCUUGUCCCAAGAGUUCCUGCUGCCUGAUGUCAUCCGUAUCUGGGACUCUCUCUUCGCCGACGACAAGCGCUUCGACUUCCUCCUGCUCGUCUGCUGUGCCAUGCUGACACUCAUCCGGGAUCAGUUGCUGGAAGGAGAUUUCACUCUGAACAUGAGGCUGCUACAGGAUUAUCCUAUCUCUGAUGUUCACCUGAUUUUGAAGAAGGCAAAGGAACUUCAAGAUUCCAAAUAGUCCAUGAGCCUAUGAAAAGGUGUCAGAGAAACUGUGUGGCAGUGGAUCCUGGGAGAUGCCCCCAUGCAGUGUGGUGCACUAAGGCUCCUAGUGGUCCCUGCAGGACUUCAGGUGUGGUUUGGGCUACUGGUCACCUUGAAGACUUCCUUCUACUCUAUUUAUUAGGUCAAGGACUGAUUACUUCCCCAUCUACUUGGGUCCUGCACUCCAGAUUUUUUUUCAAAUCUCAAAUGCCUCUUUGCUGCCAAAAGCAGUACUUUGUAUCUUUUUUUCAAUGACACUAAGUUUGGGGAGAAAGAAACCCUCUGUGUGCAUAUCCCUGAAGGCAUGGACUCCUGUAUCAUGGAAGUAACACGUGGAG